AUGGAGUUUUCAAAUGCCGUAAAAAAUCUUGAAGCAAUAAAAAAUAUUGACCUCCAAAAUGCAGUGAAAAAUCUCGAGAUACCACAAGCAGUAAAGAACAUUGAACUGCCGCAAGCAGUAAAAAAUUUAGAAAUACCACAAGUGGUGAAAAACCUUGACCUCCCUAACGCCGUAAAAAAUAUCGAACUUCCAAACGCGGUUAAAAACAUUGAAUUACCAAAUGCUUUAAGAAGCGUUCCUAAUGCUGUAUCAAACGCUGUCAAAGACGUGCAGAUUCCAAAUAAUGCCACAACUAGACGAUUAUCAUUAUUUGCGACAUCAGCAUUUUCAAGUGUCGCUUCUAUUACUCAAAUAAUUCAACAGAAAGUUGAAGAAACAACAAAAAAUAUUCAGAGUGAACAUGAAGCAUUUGUUAAACAAGUUAAAGAAGAAUCAAUCGAACCUAAUUCGGGUACAGUGGGAUUGCCUCCAUGGGAAGGUUUACCCAAUGAAGAUGAACUGAAGAAACAAAUGCUAGCGUUAUCUAAGGACAAACGAAACUUUCUCAUUAAUCCACCAGAAAAUACAAAUUUCCAAUUUGACUUAAAUAUUUAUUAUCAAACCGCAAUGGCUGUUCUUAAUGCUGAUCCAAACUUGAAUCGAAUGCGAUUCGAACUUGUGCCCUCACAAGUCCAGGAACCAAUAUUUUGGCGAAACUAUUUCUAUCGAAUAUCUUUAAUAAAACAGACAGCAUUAGGAUCGAUUGAUAGUGCUACUUUAGCAAGUGAAGUGUAUUUGAAAAGUGACGAAGAAUUAGCCAAGGAAACAACGUCCUCUUCGUCAACAUCGACAUCAACAUCGAUUAAUAUAGCAAAAGCCACAACAACUAAUAGCAAGGAUGAAGAGAAUACAAGAAAAGAAAAGGAGAAAAAAGAUGAUGUUAAAGAAGUUUUAUUCGAUGCAGAGAAUUCGGGAGAAGGAUCAGAUAUAUGGGAGGAUGAACUUGCAAAAGUGACAACUGAUACUGGUGGAAAAGUUAAAAGAACAAAAAAAUUCGCACAGGUUAAACGUUUGCUCAACCCAAAUGAUUCUAGACUUCCGCAAGCCGCUUCUUCGCUCUUCUUCAGAUACAACAAAGCCUUGGGUCCACCAUAUCACAUACUUGUUGACACAAAUUUCAUCAAUUUCUCGAUACAAAACAAAUUGGAGCUUGUGGAAGCCAUGAUGGACUGUUUAUAUGCUAAAUGUAUUCCGUGCGUAACUGAUUGUGUAAUAGCUGAAUUGGAAAAAUUGGGACCAAAAUAUAGAAUAGCUUUGCGCGUCGCGCGUGAUCCUCGGUUUGAGAGACUUCCAUGUACUCAUAAGGGUACUUAUGCAGAUGAUUGUCUUGUUCAACGAGUCACGCAGCACAAAUGUUAUAUUAUAGCGACUUGUGAUCGAGACUUAAAACGACGUAUUCGUAAAAUCCCUGGCAUCCCAAUUAUGUAUAUAUCAAAACGAAAAUACACGAUAGAAAGAUUACCAGAAGCGUAUGGUGCUCCAGCAUAA